AUGGACUCUUAAUACGAGGAGGGAGAAAUAAUGACCCAGAAAAGCGAUAAAUUAGAACGCAUAAAUAGUGAAUCCUCUUUGCGUUCUCUUGUAAAUUCUUAUUUAAACAUUUAGAGUGAUACAAAUGGUGAUGAGAGGGUGCGUAAAUCCUAAUAAGAAGACUUAAGUUCUUUUUCUUACGUUUGUGCCAUCUUUAAUUUCCUAGGCCAUUGUACACAAGUUGGUUGCAAGUAUUUCAAUUUAUAUUCUUUUCAGGAAAAGACAUAUCUUAUUAUAAGAUGGAUUAGAUUAAUUCAUUACUGAGAAUAUGCAUUUGUUAAAUUAAUUGAUCAGUAGUGGAGAAAAAAUUCGAGUUCCGUUUGAAAAGGUUCUAAAUAAAGAAAAUCACAAUAGAAAACACUAGGUAAUCAAGCCUAAGGUUAUGACAAAUUACAAUCAAGAACUCUGUGAAAAAUAUAAAAGAGCCUUAACUCAUAAAUUGAAGAAGGACAUUGACAAAAUGUAAGACAAACUCAAAACCAUUUGCUAUCUCAAGAAAUGGGUGAGACAUAAUUUUGUCGAUGCAAGAGAUUUUAGCGAAUUAUAUUAUUCACUAAAUUCUACAUAACAAAUACAUUUUAUGAACUUUUUUUAAGUUCUUGAGUUAUAACCACCCUCAUUUCAAUGA